AUGUCGGCAGUCGAAGGAGAAACGCCGCAAGGGAGCAGUGAUGCUACGAACAAUAUCAAUAGCGAAGACCCUGAGAAUAAGGAUGAUGAUGAGCAAGAAGAACGACAACAUGGAUGUGAUGAUGUAGAAACCCGAAUAUCUUCAACACCAGCUGUGGCAGCUGUCGAUAUGACAGGUUCUGUGAAGGUUCCCGCCACUGUCCUUUCCAAGCUGGAAAAGAGGUUUUCGAAGAGGGAUGACGAUGAAUCUUCUCUUCUUAAUAAACAACGGUUUCGAUACAGCAAUUUUGGAGGGGAAUCAAGUGAAAUGGAUUUUCAGAGUUCUACCUUCGAUGAUAUGAUGAGCGGUGAGCUUACGAUCCAACAAAUCCAUGAUCAGCGUUCCAAGCUCUCUGCUAUGAGAAGACCUUCACCUUCAACAACAACAAGAGCAUCUGCUGCCACGACGACCGAUCGCCAACCUUCAAACUCUUCUUUGGAGCCUGGGGCCUACUCCGUUGAUCUAUCAGGAAGGAACGUAUCAGACAGAAACAAAGAUAGCGAUGAUGAUAAUGGAUCUAAUAUUGGGCGUGGUGGUUACGGUUCAUCCACUAUGCAGUUAGAAGCCGUUCCUGUGGACGAGACAUUUGAGCAAGAGAAAAUGAAAGAAAUGGAAGAACAAAUGAAUCUGGAGAUUGAAAGGCGGCUGUCCAUGGAACGAAAGAUGACCUCGGAACGACCAGGGCAUAACAAGAGAUGUACAAAGGAGAGAAUUUUAAUCAUACUGGCGCUUCUUUUCGUCGUAAUUUCUGGGGUUGCGGUGGGUCUGUACUUUUUGCUUGCUCCAGUACCAGCGGGGCAUUCAGCAGGGCCUGAAGCUGAAACGAGUGCCUACUUUACUUACCCGCCACCAACUCCUGAAGAAUGUGAUGGAGUGAUCAAUGGAACAGGUGUACCGAAUCAAGAUGAGUACUUCACCUUGACAAUGGACUGUGCACUCGAUGUCUCAUUUGAUGCUUCAUGGGCAGACUCCAUCGAAAGAGUCUUGUUGAAAACUCAGGAAAGUUUUGAAACCUCAGUUGUUCCAACCUUUGUAGGAUGCAAUGAUCUCAGCCAAGAUUUUUUCAACCGCACCUUUUCCGAAACUCGUUAUAUUAUUGCCAAUGUUGAAGUUAUGAAUGUGACACGAAGCAGCUCAGAUUGCAAAGCUGGAGAACCAAGGCCUUGUGUUCGAGCUGUUAUUCAUCAUUUCCUUUGGACAAAGGCCGAACUACCUGCCCUUGGAGUUGCAUCGUUCAUCUAUACAAACUUUGGAGAAAAGUUGAUUGAGCAAUUCAGCGAUGGCGAUAUCAUCCACCAGACAACAUUGGUUUCGAUAGGCCCAUCGCAGUAUGAUUUUAAUCCCAAGAAAUAG